AUGAUGGACAGCAGGAUACUGGAUCCACCUCACGCCCAGUUUGGAGGCUCGCUUGGCGGCAUGGUGAGCUUUCCGUACCACCUCGGCCACCACCAUGUGUAUGAACUGGCCGGGCAUCAGCUGCAGUCCGCGGCCGCCGUCCCUUUCUCCAUAGACGGAUUACUGAACGGCUCGUGCACCGCCUCGGUAGUGAACUCGAACCCGCUGCUGUCGUCUGGCUGCGCUAUGAAUGGAGAUAACCAGCAGUACAAACUGACAGAUUCGGGAGAUCCAGAGAAGGAUAGCCCUGGCUGUAAGAGAAGGCGAACUCGGACCAAUUUCACCGGCUGGCAGCUGGAAGAAUUAGAGAAGGCGUUUAAUGAGAGCCAUUAUCCAGAUGUGUUCAUGAGGGAGGCUCUGGCUCUCAGACUGGACUUGAUAGAAUCCAGGGUGCAGGUGUGGUUCCAGAACCGCAGGGCCAAGUGGAGGAAAAAAGAGAACACGAAGAAAGGUCCAGGCCGACCGGCGCACAACUCGCACCCGACCACGUGCAGCGGCGAACCCAUGGACGCCGAGGAGAUCGCAAGGCGCGAGCGCGAGCGGCUUGAGAAGAAGAAACGCAAACAGGAAAAGCGGUUGCUGCGGUCGCAGGGUGGCAAGCUGCUUCCUGGGGACCUGUUUCACACGCCGGGCUCGGACAGUGACAGCGGCGUGUCGCAUGUGACGGACAGCGAACACCAGCACAUGCACUGCGACACAGUCAGCCGCCACCAAACGCACGCGGGCUGCGAGCAAUCGCCAAACCAAAGAAGCGCGCGCGCAGACGCGAGCGGAGCCGAGCUGGACUCGUCAGACGGCGCGCGCCAGGCGACCCUCGCCAGGUCCCCCGGCCUCCAAAAGGCCAACCCUUUCAGCGUGGAGAGCCUGCUGUCGGACUCGAGGCCACGACGUAAACCUGCUGUCGACUUCCCAGUCGCCUCUGCACGGCCUUUGAUAGGGAAGGGCCACUUUUUGCUUUACCCCAUCACACAGCCGCUCGGUUUCAUCGUGCCCCAGACUGCUCUAAAAGGCACGGCGCCAGGUACCGAGGAAGAACACGAGCACGGGCCAAAGGUUCCCGUAAGCGACAGUGACGCAACCGGAAGCCCAAUACAAAGGAGCGACCCGGAGCUGAGCAGUGUAAACCCAAACGCGACAGCAAUCAAAGGCCAGGUCAGUCCAUCGGGUCCACUCGCGUGUUCACUGCAAGCCAGUCCGGGCCAACAAGCCUGUAACGGGGCCUCACCGGGCGAAGUGUGUCCGCCAGAUAGAGAGUCAGAGCUCGCCUGUCCAAAGUCUCCCCUGUCCGAAAAAAAGGAGCAGUCGUUAGGCGUGUUCGAUUAUCCACAGAGCUCCGAAUCGCCUUCGAUCCACACGGACACCGACAAAGACUCGGCUGAUGUCGAUAUGGGAUAAAUUGGGCACUGUAUAAAUCGAGGAGUGUCACUUUAUUGCCCUGACACUCUUCC